CGAAGUGAAGCCACGCAACUAGCUAGCUAGCUAGAAAGGUGAUGCAGCCUCCUUCCUGCCUGGCUCCUGUUCUCAGGGGGAAGGUAUUUUCAUAUACGGUAUCUGUCCACUAGCUCGCUAGCUAGCUAUCACGAGCCAACAUCCAAGCAGCCAUUACAGGUACCGGUAUCUGAGUCCACUAGCUAGCUACCGGUAGCUACCAGGAAGUAGCCAACCUUUUCGGUAUAAUAACACCUCGCGCUUGACGAUCGAUACUUUGUUCCCAACAUGGAGGCCAAAACGCAGAAUGACCAUGGCGCUGUGACUGGUGAAGGUGUCGUCCGUAAGGAAGAGGCUGCCGAUGUUGGCGUCAGCUCUUCCAUCACCGCCGGAGAAGAAUGCCAUGAACGUGUCAUUCGUAAAGCAGAGGCCAUUGCUGUGGACCACGAUGCUCUGAUCACUUCCAUAUCCAGUGGAAACAACACCAUGAGGAAAUCGGGGGCGGCGACAGUUCAGCAGCCGGAUCAUAUGGACACGUUCCGCGAGAUUGCACCCCUCCCGCCGCCGGUACCGUUGGGUCGGGGAGAUAUCCGUCGUCCCGCAGCUACAAGACCUGGUGCCGUCGCUGUGGGGGGCGACUACGACUAUAUGGUGGAUAAUCCCCAUGCGCGGCAUUCGGAUCCAGAAGCAACAUCAUCUGGCAGCAGUGGUACUGCCAAUACCAACCAGCCAGAGCAAGGAGUGGGCAACACUGGAAUGGCACGGGCCCGUCUAGUCAACUCAUCGGAAUUUGCGUUGCAAAAUGCCGACCCGGUCCAAGAAGGCGAUCUCCGUCUACUAACAUCCAAUCCAAGCUCCUCCAAGGGAAACAAUGAGACCGAUGGAAAAGAAGCAUUGAAAAUCAUUCUUUUGAUUGCUAUUGCUGGAAUUAUUGUUCUCGGUCUUGUCCUGGGUCUGGUCGGCAACAAAGAGGAGGAUGCAGCUGAUAGUAGUGCGCCAAUAACGAUGGCCCCAACCGGAGUACCAUCUUCUGCUCCUACGUCCUAUGCUGCCACGUUGGGACUCCCCGAGUACACCGUGGACAAAAUCAUGAACGAUGAGACCUCCCCCCAAUCCAGAGCUUAUGCUUGGCUCAUGGACGAUCCUAAUCGGGAAACCUACCCCGAGCGGAAGAUUCUCCAGAGGUUUGCACUGGCAACAUUCUACUAUUCAACCGGAGGACCCAACUGGGAUAUCAAUGACAAUUGGAUGAACCAUAGCCUGGAUGAGUGCAAGGACUGGUUCUUUCGCACAGAAACAGAUGGUUUGGACCCCACAACAAGAGAUGACAAGAUCAUUAUCACUUCUCCCUGUGACACAUCCGGGAACUAUCAGUAUCUUUUGAUGUCUGGAAACAAUUUGGCUGGGAGGGUACCGGAAGAAAUUGGAAUGCUGUCUGGCUUGCUCGUUUUUGAUUACUUCAAAAAUGAUGGCCUGGAAGGCAGCACCAUCCCCACAGAGAUUGGCCUUCUCACCAAUCUCUUGAGAUUGUCAGCUGACCGAAACUUCCAUGGAGGGACGGUUCCUACAGAGAUUGGCAUGAUGACUAGCCUGAUUGAGGUGUACCUUGGCUACAACCCGUUUCCGUCACCCAUCCCUUCCGAAAUUGCCAACAUCAAGAGUCUACAAAAACUCAAUCUGAACAGAGCAGGAUUCACUGGGACAUUUCCUUCUGAGCUCUACACUCUGACCAAUAUGGUAGAGUUUUUCAUCCAUGGCCUUCUUGACCUUGAGAAAGCUACCUUGGAGGGCAUUGGGCAAAUGACAAACCUGGAAGCGUUAUACUGCCACAACCUCCCCCUCCACAAUACUCCCAUUCCUACAGAGCUUGGCUUGGCCACCAAACUUGAGAAACUGAACCUAUGGGAUACUGGGCUCACCGGGACUGUCCCUUCGGAAUUGGCCAAUCUUCGCCAGCUCAACACGCUGGACCUUGAUGACAACCAGCUGACAGGAUCCCUCCCGGAUUUCUUGUGGGAACUCCCUUUUUUAGGAGAGCUACUGUAUGAUGGAAACUUCUUCACAGGAACGCUGCCAUCUCACACCUGGAAAAACCUGGCCGUAAUGGAGUACCUGGCCUUCAGCGAUAACCUACUGAGUGGGACCAUCCCUACGGAGGUUGGACUUCUUCCAAGCAUCCAAAAACUCCGCUUUGACCGCAAUACAUUCACAGGAGCCAUACCAACAGAGAUUGGUAAUCUGACAACACUUGAGGAAGUGUUCUUCCACGGUACCUAUCUUGAGGGCAAUAUUCCGUUGGAGUUUGAGGAUUUGCUCUUUCUCGAAACCCUUACAUUUUCCAAUACUUCACUCACUGGUUCCAUCCCAGCUGGUAUCUGUGACAGUUUGGUGGAUAUAUGGUUCAGUUGCCAUACCAAGUUUGGCAUUACCUUGCCAACCUGUACCGCAGUGGAAGUGGAGGACUUUGACUGUGCAUCUUCUCUGCUCUGUGGCUGUUCCUGCGCGCCCUGUCUGGCAGAAGAGACAACCGGUGCUUUCGUCUUCAACAUGACCUUUGAUCCCUAGUAGCUGGAGUAGGGGAACGGGCAGCUAAAAUAACUAAAUAACAUUGCAUUUAUC